AUGGCUGAGGCUUUCUCGGAGCUAUCACAGUAUCUGCCACAUAAUAGGUACUCUUCAAACCUGCGGAACCAAAGAAUGAAUGUGUCCUUCUGCAUGAACCCCGCCCACGGAUACCAACGUCCUCCCAGUGCCUCCCCGUUCCUUGCGGUGGGGGACCCAGAGACCAUCAGACAAAGCCCACCCCUCCCACGGUGCUCGUCCGGGGAUUCGCCAGCCCCCGUGCGCUCGCGGGGCCCAGGAAGCGCCGCUGGGACUCCAGGGGCCCCCGGAGACCCAGGCCUUUCAACCGCCGCGUGGUGCAAGCGGGGAGACCCAGGCGCAGAGAAACCGCGCGGCGGGACAGCGCCCGGCGCUGCCGUGGGUCCGGACGGCUCGGAUGCCCCUGCCUGGGCCUCGGCGCUUCGGGGCGGCAUCUGGAGCCAGGCCCUGCCGGCGGGGCAGCUUCCGUGCGGGCACCUGCGUCCUGCGAACCUGCAGCCCGCGCUUUCCACGCCGCGUGCCCGCCUGCUACCCCCCCCCCCCACGGCGGCCGCCCUCUCCCCGGGCUGCGGCCCAACUUCCCAGGACGCGGCGCUGCCCCCCCCCCCCGCCCCCAGAAGGGCAGGCACCUGCCGCAGGCCGCCCCACAGGUCGGGGUACAGCUGCGAGCCCCACCCCCCAGCCCCGAGAAGGGCAGGCACCUGCCGCAGGCCGCCCCACAGGUCGGGGUACAGCCGAGCCCCCCCCCCCUUCCGCGAGGCCCAGGAGGCGGGCUGUGCCCCGUCUCUCCUUUCCGCAGUUCUGGGAUUUUGA